AAUUAAUGCUGGGCUACCUGUGGUGUCCCUUGUUUCUUUGCGGGCACGUGCUCAAUGGCGGAUGAAUUUUGCUCCUAAAAUUCAUGCAAUACUGGAAAGCUAUUUCACCACAAUUGCGCCAUUUAGUUAAAAAUAACUUAUUUCUUAAUAGAGAGUAUUUAAGUCUAAAGCGUUCUGCAAAGAUCUGGACUAGUACGAUGGAUUCUUCAUCUAGUAAUGGCGCCGAAAACACAGCGAAGGAUGUUGCACCGGCGAGUGAAGAGGCACCGGCGAAAACUGCCUCUCAGUUGAAAAAAGAUGCGAAAAGACAAGCUAAGCUAGAUAAAUUUAACAAGAAGCAACAGAAAAUGACAUCUGAUAGCAAGGAAAGCAACAAUGGGAAAAAAGAGAAAAAAAAGAAGGAAACAACUAAAAAGGUUUUUGUGUACGAUAAAGACACAGCUCCAGGAGAGAAAAAAGAUGUUUCAGGUAGCAUGCCUGAUAGUUACAGCCCGACGUAUGUUGAAGCGGCAUGGUAUGCAUGGUGGGAGAAACAAAACUUUUUCAAGCCUGAAUACCAGCAUGAUAAUCUGAAGAAAAUUGGCUCAGACAACAUGUUUAUGAUGUGUAUCCCUCCUCCAAAUGUGACCGGCUCUCUUCAUCUUGGUCAUGCUUUGACAAAUGCUGUGGAGGACUGCCUCACGAGAUGGAACCGCCAGUCAGGAAAGAUGACAUUAUGGAACCCAGGUUGUGAUCAUGCUGGCAUCGCCACCCAGGUUGUAGUUGAGAAAAAACUGAUGAGAGAGAGAGGCUUGUCAAGGCAUGACCUUGGCAGAGAAAAGUUUGUUGAAGAAAUCUGGAAAUGGAAAAAUGAGAAGGGAGAUACUAUCUAUAACCAGCAGAAAAGAAUGGGCAUCUCGGUUGAUUGGGAAAGAGCUUGCUUCACUAUGGAUCCUAAACUUUGCACUGCCGUAACAGAAGCAUUUGUGCGCCUGCACGAAGAAGGACUCAUCUACAGAAGCAAGCGGCUAGUGAAUUGGUCAUGUACUCUCAACUCAGCUAUUUCAGAUAUUGAGGUGGACAAGAAAGAGUUGACUGGCCGGACAAUGCUGACUGUUCCUGGCUAUGACCACAAGGUGGAGUUUGGAGUCCUGGUUCAUUUCUCGUACCCUGUGGAGGAUUCGGCCGAGAAGCUGAUAGUAGCCACGACCCGUCUAGAGACCAUGUUGGGAGAUACUGGCAUCGCCGUGCACCCGGAUGAUGCAAGAUACAAGCAUCUACACGGGAAGUACGCUGUCCAUCCUUUCUGCAACAGGCGGCUCAAGAUCGUGUGUGAUGACAUGGUGGACCCUGCAUUUGGAACAGGUGCUGUGAAAAUCACGCCUGCUCAUGAUCACAAUGACUAUGCCGUUGGCCAGAGGCACGACCUACCAUUCAUCACCAUGAUGGACGACAACGGCUUUAUCCGGGACGUCGGCGACUUCCACCAACACUUCAAAUCCUUUGUGGGACUCAAGCGAUUCAGCGCAAGAAAGGACAUCCAGACUGCCCUUGAGGCAAAAGGACUCUAUGUGAAAACAGAGGACAACCCCAUGGUCGUACCAACAUGCAGUCGAUCCAAGGAUAUUGUGGAGCCGCUGAUUAAGCCUCAGUGGUACGUGGACUGUCAAGACAUGGCUGCACAAGCCGUCAAGGUCGUUAGGAAUGGUGAACUCAAGAUUGUUCCUAGUAUGCACGAGAAGACCUGGUUCAACUGGCUCGAAAACUGCAGGGACUGGUGUAUAUCUCGUCAGUUGUGGUGGGGCCAUCGUAUCCCGGCGUACUUCGUAACCGUAGACGAUCCAAACGUUCCUCGAGGGGAGGACAUUGAUGAUAAGUACUGGGUUAGCGGUCGCUCUUUGGAAGAAGCGACAAAGAAGGCAGCGGAGCGGUUUGGUGUGACCGAAGACAAAAUACACCUUAGACAAGAUGAAGACGUUUUGGACACAUGGUUCUCCUCGGGGCUUUUUCCAUUUUCCAUAUUCGGGUGGCCUGAAAAGACAGACGACCUCCAAGUAUUCUACCCUGGCACGCUCCUGGAGACUGGGCACGACAUCCUGUUUUUCUGGGUCGCGCGCAUGGUAAAAAUGGGGCUCAAGCUGACCGGUAAACUGCCGUUUCGCGAGGUCUAUCUGCACGCCAUGGUCAGGGACGCGCACGGCAGAAAAAUGAGCAAGUCCCUUGGCAACGUCAUUGAUCCUGUUGACGUCAUCAAUGGGAUAACGUUACAGGACUUGCACAAACUGCUUGAGAACAGUAAUCUGGAUCCUCGGGAAGUUGAGAGAGCAAAGAAAGGACAGAAAGAGGACUACCCAAAUGGCAUCCCCGAGUGUGGAACAGACGCACUUAGAUUCGCUCUUUGUGCUUACACGGCUCAAGGUCGUGAUAUCAAUCUGGACGUGUUGCGUGUACAGGGCUACAGACACUUCUGUAACAAGCUGUGGAACGCUACCAAGUUUGCCCUCUCUGGUCUGGGGGAGGGCUUCAAGCCCAAUCCGACUACUGAGUUGCUUGGCAACGAGAGUUUGAUGGACAGAUGGAUUCUGAGUCGCUUGUCGUUCGCUGAGAAGGCGUGCAACGAUGGGUUUACCGCGUAUGAUUUUCCCGCCAUAACCACAGCCACCUACAACUUUUGGCUGUACGAGCUCUGCGAUGUCUACUUGGAGGCCAUCAAACCAGUUUUACAAAGUGGCGACCAAGAGGCGAUCCUCGCCACACGAAACACACUCUACACGUGUCUAGAGAAAGGGCUCCUUCUGCUCAGUCCCAUGAUGCCUUUUGUGACAGAAGAACUGUACCAGAGACUUCCUAGACGCAACGGCCAAUCAGCGCCAAGCAUUUGCGUCACACCAUACCCAAAGAACUUGCCAUGGAGACAAGCUGAGUUGGAGGAGCAAGUUGAGUUCAUGCUGAGCAUCGUGAAGAUCGUGCGGUCUAUCAAGCAGGAGUACCAGGUGGUCAAAGCCAAGCCUGAAGUGUAUGCUGUGUUCACGGAUGACGCUCUCGCCAACUCCAUCAAGCCGUUAGUAGACACGGCACUCUCUCUCGGUGGAUUCAGCAAGCUCAACAUCCUCGGCCACGAGAGGCCGCCGCAGGGCUGCGCAGUCGACACUGUAACUGGCAAGUGCGAAGUGCAUCUGCUGCUAAAGGGAAUGAUUGACAUCGCCAAGGAAAUCUCUAAAGUUGAAAACAAGCAAGAAAACCUCAAAGCGCAACUGGAGAAGCUGAAAAAAGCAACUGAAGUGGAAGAUUACAAGAACAAGGUACCUGAAAAUAUUCAACAACAAAACGAGGAGAAGAUACAAGAAACAGAGGCUGAAAUUCUUAAAAUGCAGCGCGCCCUGGAGUCUCUAAAGAUGGCCGAGUAACGGCAUACACUGUUGGCAAAUACUUAAAUCACAAUGUAUUGUUGGAAUUAUAUUAUGCAGCUUCGGUACAGUGUUGGACAAUAGUCUUCUAGAAUUCUUUCACAAAUCCAGUUUAUCAAAACUGUCCAAAAUUCUUUAGUAGAGCGUAUAGGGAAUAAACAAUUGUUAUUGUA